AUGUCCACGGAACAGCUUUCCUCUUACACUCCGGAGCAGCUUGACACCCUGAUAUCACAGCGUGAUAAUGUCCGCAACGCGAUAGCCAACGAGCGCAGCAUAUUUGAACACCGCACGCCUCAAUGCGCGAGAGUCAAAUACCCCUACGACCACAAGCCGUGGGUGCCCGCGCCAAAGUCCGAGUGCCAGUAUAAGGUCUGCCAUUCUUGCUUUAAACUCGGAUACCAAAAGACUUGGGUCAGCCUAGACUCUGUAUUAAAAGGCGAUGUAUCGCCCACUGUUGCAACCGGCUUCUCCUUCAGUUUCAACCGUGCCAGGCCAACCUGCGACGCCGACAUGGUUAGGGAUAUUGGCCUCAACCUCAUCCACCACUAG